AGAACAUGAACGUAGUUUACGUAGUGUUUAAAUUCUCUUUGAUUCAGAAAUACCUAUCUCAAAAGAAUCAGUAUCAAUACAAAAAAUAUUUUAUGCUGCAUGGCCUUUGCCUUUCCUUUAAAUUAAACAUUUUAUUAUUAAUAACAAUCCUCACUUAUCACUCAUUCUUCACCUUUACCCAGAUAGAGUAAAUAUAUUAUUCUCUGCUCAUCAGCGUAUUGUGAGUUGUCACUAAAGUAAUAUAUAGUUAAGUUUACAAACUAUUUCAUUUUAUUUAAAUCUUAUUUAAUGCUAUGUGACAUGUCAAUUGAAACCAAAAAUAUACAGCUACAAAUCCCAUUUUCUUCACCUCGUGAAGCGAAAUUGGUGUAUGAAGUAUUAAAUGUAGAUAAAGAACUAAAAGGAAUCAAGAGGGAAUUAUCUACUGAUGGUGCAGAGCUUAUUGUGAGUGGUAGUGCCAUGUUAAGUCCUUAAGGACAGAACCGAAUUGGGCCCGCACCCGGAGAAAUACCACUCCCCCACUCGAAACCGGCGUGAAAUAGCGGCUCUGCUGCUGUGUUUGAUCCGCAACUUUGAGGGUGAAGAUUUGAAGAAGCUGAGGGUCAGCGUCAACGGAUUCCUUCAAAGUAUUAAAUUAGUAACGAAAACAAUGGCGUGUUUUCCUUAAUUUCAUGAGCCAGUAAAAAAUCUGAUGCAAGCAUGCCAGAACACACCCCAGCACCUACUCCUGCGAGAUCUUUGUACGGAUUUUUCAUGUAUCUUUUCAGUAAGACUAUAUUAAUUGUGUAUUGUUUAUGGGCGAUAGUGCCAGAUCAAUAUUUGAAUUAUAUAAAUAUUUAUUAUUUCCCUAUAAAAUAUUGGUCAACAGCAAUACCGAUCCAGUGUUUGGUCGCUCUCACAUUGUUUGCAUUUCUUGUUUAUCCAAGCGCCAAUUUAAUGCUGACCUGUACUAGAGACAGUAAAAGUACAAUUUGUGAUAAAUUUAGCGCAGAUCUCGUCCCAGUAAACAGGGCUAGCGACUGUAACGUGCCCGUUUGUAUUUGUGCGGAUGAACAAUCAUGUAUGAAAGACCGUUACUCUCCAAUGCCUGAAGAAUUACUUCAGAACACUGUGCCGCAGUUACAUGAUUUAGACAUUCGUUAUGUCUCCAAGAAAUUAUAUUUUGAUAAAAAUAAAACUAUGAUUUAGCA